AGGUGCAGUAAUCUGUGAGCUGCUCUGACAGUUGGUGCUUAAAGCUAGUGAGGGAGAUAAGUGUUUCCAGUUUCAGAGAUUUUUGUAGUUCGUUCCAGUCAUUGGCAGCAGAGAACUGGGAGGAGAGGCGGCCAAAGAAAGAAUUGGUUUUGGGGUGACUAGAUAUACCUGCUGGAGCGUGUGCUACAGGUGGGAGAUGCUAUGGUGACCAGCGAGCUGAGAUAAGGGGGGACUUUACCUAGCAGGGUCUUGUAGAUGACAUGGAGCCAGAGGGUUUGGCGACGAGUAUGAAGCGAGGGCCAGCCAACGAGAGCGUACAGGUCGCAAUGGUGGGUAGUAUAUGGGGCUUUGGUGACAAAACGGAUUGCACUGUGAUAGACUGCAUCCAAUUUGUUGAGUAGGGUAUUGGAGGCUAUUUUGUAAAUGACAUCGCCAAAGUCGAGGAUUGGUAGGAUGGUCAGUUUUACAAGGGUAUGUUUGGCAGCAUGAGUGAAGGAUGCUUUGUUGCGAAAUAGGAAGCCAAUUCUAGAUUUAACUUUGGAUUGGAGAUGUUUGUUAUGGGUCUGGAAGGAGAGUUUACAGUCUAACCAGACACCUAAGUAUUUGUAGUUGUCCACAUAUUCUAAGUCAAAGCCGUCCAGAGUAGUGAUGUUGGACAGGCGGGUAGGUGCAGGUAGCGAUCGGUUGAAGAGCAUGCAUUUAGUUUUACUUGUAUUUAAGAGCAAUUGGAGGCCACGGAAGGAGAGUUGUAUGGCAUUGAAGCUUGCCUGGAGGGUUGUUAACACAGUGUCCAAAGAAGGGCCAGAAGUAUACAGAAUGGUGUCGUCUGCGUAGAGGUGGAUCAGAGACUCACCAGCAGCAAGAGCGACCUCAUUGAUGUAUACAGAGAAGAGAGUACCUUGUCAGCUCGGGGGUUUGAACUUGCAACCUUGCUAGUCCAACGCUCUAACCACUAGGCUACCCUGCCGUCUUGAUGGCGUAAUGGAAACAGGUUUUAUUGGCUACAUUUGGAAACUCCUAUCUUGCUACAAAAAAAAUAGAAAUGUCACGUUUUCAGGCCUUUUGGGCGGGUUUUGAGACAUCGUUUGAAUAGACAUUUGAUUUUGACCCUGGCAACCCUGCGUAGGAGGUUACUUUACCUGUGUGCAGGUAGCCAAAGUCGCAUCGGAAUAAGAGCUUUCGACUCUUUGUUUGCUUGAGUAGUUAGGAUAAAUCUAUGUGUUCUGAUUUAGACUAUAUGUAAGGUUGUCGUCCAUAAUUUAGUUUGUAAUUUGAAACAAUCCCGGAGCAUUCCAGAUGGAAUGAUACCUGGAACGUGUACUUUCACUUUUACUUACUAGCAUACAGGACUGUCAAACUCGGACCGAAGGAAAUGGCAGGUAGCUUUUUUGGGAAAGUUAUCAUACCGCUUUUGGCUUAUUUUCUCGUGGAGGUGACAGGUGAACAGCAGUAUGGUGGCCUGGGAAGAGAGAUCACCCUGACCCCCAAGGUCUCAGGUCAGCCUGAGGACAUCCUGUGGAAACACAAUGGGAACAAGGUGGUGGAGUUUGAUAGGAGUCAGAAUGUUGAGUAUGGCAGGUAUAAAGGCAGGACCAUCCUGGACUGGGACUCUGGAGCACUAACUAUCAAAGGUCUCACUGAUGCAGACAGUGGGCCCUAUGAGUUAGAGGCUGUCGUCAAGGGCAAGCUGCAGUACUCUCAACAUAAGGUGGGGGUUAUUGAUGAUGUGGCACAGCCCAGUGCAACCUGUGUGGUUGACACCACAACCCCAGAGAACAUGGACAGAACCCUGCUGUGCUCAGCUGACCUCCAGCCCCUGACCCAGUUCAUCUGGAGGAGUCCUGAGGGGUCAGAGAGUCCUGGACCUGAACUGUUCAUACCUGGGGGGGAGAACCAGGAUUCUGAGAACCAGGAGUCUAUCUACACAUGUGUGGUGAAAAACCCUGUUAGUGAGAAAAGUGCAGAGUUCACCCUGAAGAACUGCUACCCUGAGGAAGGCUCAUCCAGUGUCCUGGCUGUGGUCCUGUCCAUUCUCCUUCUCCUCGUCUUAGUUGCUGUUGUGGCAUUUCUCUUGUGGUACUACUGGAGGAAAUGCAAGAAACCAGCUGAAGCUGCACCGACAAAAUCUGAAGAAGAGAAAGGACUGGUGCAAGAUACAAAACAAGGAAACAACGAUCCCAAGGAUGACCAUUCUGAGAACACUGGAAAUAUAACUUCUAUACCAAAAGGAAUGGUAAAAGAGCAGGAAGAGCUAAUGAACAAGCAGAAUGCAGAUCCAAAUAGGAAAUGGCAAACUGGACCAGCUGGAAGAAUUUUCUCUCCAACAAAAAUGACAGACACAGAGCAUGUACAGGACAAUUGGAUCACCCCUGCCCAACAAGACCUAGUCACACCAGACCACACCCAGGCCCAACAAGACCUAGCCACAGAAGACCCCACCCCUGCCCAACAAGACCUAGUCACACCAGACCACACCCAGGCCCAACAAGACCUAGUCACACCAGACCACACCCAGGCCCAACAAGACCUAGUCACACCAGACCACACCCCUGGCCAACAAGACCUAGUCACACCAGACCCCACCCCUGGCCAACAAGACCUAGUCACACCAGACCACACCCAGGCCCAACAAGACCUAGUCACACCAGACCACACCCAGGCCCAACAAGACCUAGUCACACCAGACCCCACCCCUGCCCAACAAGACCUAGUCACACCAGACCACACCCAGGCCCAACAAGACCUAGCCACAGCAGACCCCACCCCUGCCCAACAAGACCUAGUCACACCAGACCCCACCCCUGCCCAACAAGACCUAGCCACAGCAGACCCCACCCCUGCCCAACAAGACCUAGUCACAGCAGACCCCACCCCUGCCCAACAAGACCUAGUCACGCCAGACCCCACCCCUGCCCAACAAGACCUAGUCACACCAGACCACACCCAGGCCCAACAAGACCUAGUCACACCAGACCACACCCAGGCCCAACAAGACCUAGUCACACCAGACCACACCCAGGCCCAACAAGACCUAGUCACACCAGACCACACCCAGGCCCAACAAGACCUAGUCACACCAGACCCCACCCCUGCCCAACAAGACCUAGUCACACCAGACCACACCCAGGCCCAACAAGACCUAGCCACAGCAGACCCCACCCCUGCCCAACAAGACCUAGUCACACCAGACCACACCCAGGCCCAACAAGACCUAGUCACACCAGACCACACCCAGGCCCAACAAGACCUAGUCACACCAGACCACACCCAGGCCCAACAAGACCUAGCCACAGCAGACCCCACCCCUGCCCAACAAGACCUAGUCACACCAGACCCCACCCCUGCCCAACAAGACCUAGCCACAGCAGACCCCACCCCUGCCCAACAAGACCUAGUCACACCAGACCACACCCAGGCCCAACAAGACCUAGUCACAGCAGACCACACCCAGGCCCAACAAGACCUAGUCACAGCAGACCCCACCCCUGCCCAACAAGACCUAGCCACAGCAGACCCCACCCCUGCCCAACAAGACCUAGUCACAGCAGACCCCACCCCUGCCCAACAAGACCUAGCCACAGCAGACCCCACCCCUGCCCAACAAGACCUAGUCACACCAGACCACACCCAGGCCCAACAAGACCUAGCCACAGCAGACCCCACCCCUGCCCAACAAGACCUAGCCACAGCAGACCCCACCCCUGCCCAACAAGACCUAGUCACACCAGACCCCACCCCUGGCCAACAAGACCUAGUCACACCAGACCCCACCCCUGCCCAACAAGACCUAGUCACACCAGACCCCACCCCUGCCCAACAAGACCUAGUCACACCAGACCCCACCCCUGCCCAACAAGACCUAGUCACAGAAGACCCCACCCCUGCCCAACAAGACCUAGUCACAGCAGACCCCACCCCUGCCCAACAAGACCUAGUCACGCCAGACCCCACCCCUGCCCAACAAGACCUAGUCACACCAGACCCCACCCCUGCCCAACAAGACCUAGUCACACCAGACCCCACCCCUGCCCAACAAGACCUAAAGACCCCACCCCUGCCCAACAAGACCUAG